CCAGUCCCUGGACUCAUGUGCGUGCAUAUCUGUUCUGUUCCGUUCGAGUCUAUCUACCUUUCCUAUCUACCUGUCGCUAUAACUCCUCCCUCUCCCGAAAGAAAGAGAACACUUCCGGUCCCGGCGAGCGCCGUAGUCGUGCGCGUGCAGUCCCUUACUUCGUUUCGCACUAUGACGGGAGUAAAAAUGAAUCAUUACACCGGGACGAGUGUGUUCAGGACAGGCACGGCACGCGCCAUUUAGAGCAAAAUAGUUAUCCUCGUGUAAUUCAAGGAAAUUGAGAUUUUUUAAAAAAGGCUCGGGUAGGUUUCAUAAAACUCCCAUUGCAAUUCUGGAUUUUAAAAAAUUGUGAAUGGACUCAUUCCCAAAGGAUAUCCAAAGGGCAGCAUUUGGCGCUGGAAAAAUGAGAAACGCACUUUUAACUUACUUCAUUUUACUUUUAACAUCCGGGCAGGGUGAGGGCCGGGUGGUGCAGGUGUCAGAGGGGCCCCUGGUUCGAGUGGAGGGCCAGCCUGCGACCCUCAGCUGUAACGUGUCCGACUACGAGGGCCCCAGCGAGCAGGACUUCGACUGGAAGGUUCUCCAUGGCAACAGCUGGCUCCAGCUCAUCUCCACCUUUGACCUGAACUACGCUGACCAAUCCCUGCGGAGCCGCGUGGACAGCGGUGACAUCACGGUAGACAGGCUGGGUCCCGCAAGCGUGGAGCUGCAGAUCCGCCGCCUCACGCCCGCCGACAGCACCACGUUCCGCUGCAGCACCCCCAGCACCGACUCCGUCAUCAGCGGGAACUAUGAGGCCGAUGUGAAGCUCAGCGUGCUCCAGGACAGCCUGAAGGUGGCGUCGUCCGCCCCGCCAGCUGUGGUGCCGGAGGGUGGGCCAUUGGGGUUGUACUGCAAUGCCACUCGGGACACACCGCAGCAGGGCUACACCCACCUGUCCGUCACCUGGUCUGUGGGGAGAGGGGCGGGGCCAGAGGAUGUGCUGUCGUUCGGGCCCGACGGGGGGGUAACGGUCGGGGCCAACUACACCCAGCGCUACUCUGACGGUGGGCUGCGUCUGGACCUGCAGGGGGGCGGAGUCUUUGGCCUGGUGCUGACCGAGGCGUUGCCUGGCGACGGGGGCGCGUACGCGUGCACCGCGCGGGAGUGGUUCCACGAGGUGGGCGGAGCCUGGCAGCAGAUCCUGCAGAGGAGCGUGGAGCUGGGGGAGGUGCAGGUCACGCCCACAGCUCAGUCGCUCACCGUCUCCGUGGAAGAAGAUGACAUCACUCUCAGCGUGGGCGACACCCUCAAUCUGACCUGCUCCAUCGCCAUUGACUACCAGCUCUCCCUGGGCCUGGAGGUCACAUGGUUGCUGAGCCCCGCCCCCAGGGGCGGGCCUGCGGAGUCACGGGUCCUGGCCCAGAUGAGCCGGGACGGGGUGGUGAAGGGAGCGGCCGGCCCAGUCCGGUUCACUCGGGUGGAGGCGGGGUUGUUCCGGCUGCUGGUGCAAGGCGUGGCCCAGGCCGAUAGCGGGCUGUACUCCUGCCAGGUUCGGGUCUGGAUCCGCCGCAGCGGAGGGGAGUGGUACCAGGCGGCCCAGAACACCUCUGCUCCGGUCCAGGUUCUGGUCACUAUGAAAGAGGCAGAUUUUAAGGUUGUCCUGCUUGAUGGGGUGACCCCCCAGUAUUCGGGGGACCCCACGGAGCUGGAGUGUCGGGUGACGGACGUGUCCGGGCUUGGCGGCGGACGCCUGGGUGUGUCCUGGCUGUACGCGGAGGCCACGCCCGGCGAUGUGCUCAGCCCCGGGAGCGGCAGCGUCGUGGCGGAGCUGGACGGCGGGGGGAACCUGCGCCCGGGGAACGGGCACGGCGAGCGCCUGGAGCGCGGGCUCCUCGUCCUGUCCCGCUCCGAACCUGACAUCUUCAGGCUCCGCCUCCUCCACACCCUCGACUCCGACAUGGGGGCGUACUCCUGCGCCGUCUCCGUCUGGAGCCCCGCCCCUCACGGGGGCUGGGAGAGGGGCAAGGAGGUGCACUCUGAACCCCUCAACGUCUUCUGGACCUCCAAAACCCCGCGGGUUAGCGUAGCGGCUCGGCGGCUAAGGGAGGCGUCGACGGCGGGCGGUACGUUUGAGAUGAGCUGCCAGGUGACGGGUCAGAACCUGCAGAACCCGGGAUACUCGGUUCUGAUCCAGGUGGAGGAGAAGGUGGGCGGGCGGGUCCGGAAGGUUCUGUCCCUCAGUCCGGACUCGGUGCUGGAGCUGGAGGAGUGGAGCGAGCUGGACCGCGUGGUUCUGGAGAAGACCAGCCCCACGGAGUUCCGCUUCCGGCUGUACCAAGCGCAGCGGGCCGACCGCGGGUUCUACUACUGCACUGUCACAGCCUGGACCCGCCAGCCCGGCACCCCCGGCACCUGGACCCGCAGCGUCAGCGCACAGUCCAAUAAAGUUCACGUCCACUUCACUGACAAAGGUCCUGUCUUCAACGUCUCAGUGCGUGCAGACAGCAGCCGCGUCUCUCAGUGGGAGACGGCCAAAAUGCAGUGCAUCGUGAGCAUCCUGGGCCCCGCCCCCAGCGCAGACGACGUGUCGUACGAGGUGCGGUGGUUCCUGAGCCGAGCCCAGGCCCCGGACAGCGCCGCCCUGCUGGCCAGCGUGGACCGCUGGGGCGUGGUGUGGAAGGGGCUGCGGAACGGGAGCAGCGACUGCAGCAUCGAGCGGGUGGGGGCGCGCACGUACGCCCUGAGCGUGCACAGCGUGCAGGACAGCGACGCGGGACAGUACUACUGCACCGCCACGCCCUGGCUCCGCUCGCCCACCGCCACCUGGACGCGGGGCCGUGACAUCACUUCCUCCCGCAUCUACCUCGCCGUCAACUUCGCACUGUGGGACAGCAUGCAGCGCCCCCUCCUGGUUGGGCUGGGCGUGUCCCUGGCUGUGGGGAUCCUGUCCAUCCUGCUGGGACUGAUCUGCACCCGCUGCUUCUGCCGAAAUCCCCUGCCAGCCCCCCGAUCUCACGGCCCGCUCACUGACAUGGAGAUGGAGUGACCCUGGUGCCACGGCAACCACCCCUCCCCACCCAGGACCAAUCGCCUGUCAGGUUGCCGUGUGACAGCGUCAGUGUGUUGCAGGGGAGGCAGGGGAGGGGGGGGCAGACCGCUGAAGUAAAAACUUUAAGGAGCCCGGACACUCAGCACGUACCUCAGAAACGUCCCACCGGCAAGAGAGACGCCCGUUUGCAACAGAGGCGCGCUGUUUCUACACAAAAAUGCCAAACGGAAAUGUAAAUAAAAGUAUGUUUAAUUUAAAACCCUUGUGUCUAUGAGAGGGACAGGGAGAGAAAGUGAGAGAGAGAGAGCAUAAAGAAAGAAAGAAAGCAAGAAAGCGGGAUCUGUUGUAGCUCUGUUCCCUGCACCAUUGGCAGGCUUGACAUUACCUGUCCUGUCAGGACCCUGAAGCCCAAGAGCUCCACCCUCACCUCCUCUCAGACCUGAUUGGCCAGUGUGGUGUUGAGACAAGCUGAUUGACCAAUCGAUGCUCUUCACCGUGACUUCCGCUGCUUGCACAUGAUCAGCAUCAAAACGCUCAACACGGCAUCGAGCCAUUAAAUGCCUACGGAGGACGCUAUGCCUGGCAUGGGGAACCGCUCAAAUUAAUGCCCAGCUACGAAAUCGUUCGACCUUUGACCUUUGAUGCUGACCUUGUGUAGUGUGUCUCAUCACAUCACAGCUUUGUAUGAAGCAGGCAGAUGGAAGAUGUAAACAUGGAAGGACAUUUUGGGAUAAACCCAGGAUUUUCGGUUUCACAGUGUAGCCUUAUACCGAGGACAGCCGGCUGCUAUCACCGCUUCUCCCAGUUUUCCCAGCCAGCGGCUUUCCUGCACGGAUGACGUCAGCAGCCGGCGGCACUCGAUUCCUCUCGUGUCGUCGGGCGCCUUACUUGGUGCUGAACGCGUCGUUUGAUGCUUGUCACGUGACAGCGGCUUUACUGUGGGUUCUCAGUCUACACUGCUGAGCGCACCACACCCUCAUACCUGCUGCAGUGCAGGGGGCAGUGUAGUACAACUACAUACAGAACUACAUGAUAAUAAGACCUGGGCUUGCACCUUAAAGGUUGCAGGUUCGAUUCCCAGGUAGGACACUGCCAGCAUGUUACCCUCGAGCAAGGACCUGAAUUGCAUGCCUAUACAACAAUGUACUGGCAUGUCAUAGUCAGGCCACACCCAUUUUAGGCAAACCACACCCAUAUUCGUUGUGCUCUGCUCAUUUUACUCAAACCCUUUGAAACCACAUGCUUUUUGAUACCACGGGGUGGGGUGGGGGGGGGGGUGAAACACCUGGUCUCCUCAUUCGGGGCCUCCUGUAUCUGUGAGCCAAUCACGUGAUCGCACUGACCUUUGCCUGGCACUGCCCCAAACCUGUGAGCCUAUCAUGUGACUGCACUUGUCGGCUGGCCCCACCCCAAACAAGGCAUUUUUAAAACAGGAUAAAGAAGGGACAUUCUCAAGGACAAAGACUGACUUUCUUCAACAAAGACUUUAACCUCCAAUGCACAUGAGCCAAAGGAGCUUGUCCUUGCAUGUUUGUAUUAGUUUUUGUUUUUUUAAUCACGUUAAAAUAUUAGUCUACUUUAUAUAUGUUGCCAAACUGUGUGUCUUCUGUAUGAUGAAUUCUGUGUAGAGUGAGUUGCCCCCAAGAACCUAAAACAGUCAGGGUUUCUGUGUUUCAUAUGAAAAAUGAAUAAAAUUCAUUUCCAGCGUAAA